GAUUAAGAGUAAAUUUCAACAGCUGACAGUGACAUUUAAUCUGAUUAACAGUUAGUCAGAUUGACAUAUCAGUUGGAUUUGUCAUCGCGAUUUCAUUGCGUCGUUUGUUUCUACUUUUACUUUUAUAUUCAAGAAAAUUUUCAAAAAAUGGCUACUGAAGUAGAGGAAACCAUCAAACGAAUUCAGGCUCAUAAAGGUGUGAUGGGUGUCGUGAUUGUAAAUCAUGAAGGUAUUCCAAUAAAGAGCUCUCUAGACAACGCCACAUCAGUUCUUUAUUCAGGAUUGAUUAGUCAAUUAACAGAAAAAGCACGGAAUGUUGUAAGAGAAAUGGAUUCCACAAAUGAGCUGACAUUCCUACGGCUGCGGAGUAGAAGGCAUGAGAUACUGAUUGCACCGGAUCGUGAAUUCAUAUUGAUUGUUAUACAGAACACAUCUGAUUAAUAUUAGUUACAGCGAGCGACUUGAAAAAAUAACUAUAGACAAUGAACUUUGUACAGUAGACACUUUUGUACUAAAAAUGGUACUGUACAAAUUAUAAUCUGGUAUUAAAAUCAUACUCAAGUUAUUUGUUGGUACUUAGGUAUAAAUGCACUGAAUUCAUCUGCUCAUAACAGUUGCUUUGCUUGUAUUUUGAUUCAUGUAUUCUUUCUGAAAAUAUCCCUACACACUAUGAACUACAGGCUUUAUUCUUUUAAAUGAAAUAACUAUAUGCAAGGAAAGUACCAAUUUCUGCCUGUAGAAAAUAUCUUUAAGGUGUCACUAUGGAAUAGUAGUUUUAACUGUAUGUUUCUGUGUUAAGUAUAAGAGCUAUUUGAUUUUGCAGUAUGUAGCACUGCAUAUAUGAAAAAUGUACCUUGUAAAACUGCAGUAGUAAGUACCAAGUAUCAUCGUAAAAUAUUACCAUUCCGCUGCUGGACACGAUUCUAGUGAUAUUAGAACACAAGGAUAUAAUAAAUUGCUUUGUUCCUCUAGUCUUAUAACAUCUGAGUCUUAAGUAGCAGAUUUUGUUAGUUGCAGGGCUGGCCUAGCAUACCUGAUGUUCCUGGCAUAUUUCUAACGCUGAAGAUGGGGGGGGGGGGGGGGGGGAAGGAUGUGCCUUAUGGUAAUACGACAUCCUUCCUUCAACUAGUGCACAGUUUAAAGAUUCCAUAACUUCAUGUACAAGUGUUUUCUUCUAACAUAUAUCGGAUUACUAAUAUAUUGAGAACAUUCACAACAAAGCUUAGCAAAAUAUGGCAAAAUGGUAAAAAGCUUUGAUAGCUACUUAACAUUUUAUUAUUCAAAACUUGGAUUUUGUUGGCAAAAUGUUUGAAAGAUUUAGAAGUAGAAUAAUUAAGGUUGCUAUACUUCAAUAUGAAUGUUCUAAACUUUUGACGACUUACAUAUAAGGUAGUUUUAUAUGUUUGUCUUAAUACAAGAACAAUUGCAUGAAGAUUGAGCUUUUAUCAAGACUUUCAAUUAUUUAUUUUAUAAUAACAAUGAUUAUCUAAUAAAAUGCAGUAUCUACACUAAA